CCUUUUUCUAUUUAAUGUUAAAAAAUUUUAGAAAAAAGUAGUCCUGCUUGUAUAACGUUCUGUGAACUCUCCCAAUAUUCUAGAUAUAUAUCUUGCAUUUUAACCUAAACACGUGGUGGAUGAAUCUUCUUGACAAUCAUGGCUAAAGGAAAACUACAAAAACGAAAACUUUCUGAAGUGGAAAAAGAACCAGAACCAGAAUUACCUCCAGCUACUAGAUCUUCAGAUGAACCUCCACCAAAAAGAUUGAAAUGGGUAAACAAACAAAGAGUAUUAGUCUUUGCCUCGCGAGGAAUUAACCACCGUGAUAGACAUUUAAUGGAAGAUAUAAAGAAAUUGAUGCCUCAUCAUCGACCGGAACCUAAAAUUGAACGCACUAAAAAUUUAUUUGUCGUAAAUGAAAUGUGUGAAAUGCGAAAUUGUAAUAAAGCAAUUAUGUUUGAAGGACGUAAAAAACGAGAUCUAUACAUGUGGAUAUCAAACGUUCCACAUGGUCCCAGUGCAAAAUUCCUUGUAGAAAACAUUUAUACAAUGGCUGAAUUAAAAUUAACCGGUAAUUGUUUACGUGGUUCCCGGCCACUUUUAUCCUUUGACACUAACUUUAAUGAAAAUCCCGAGUAUGUGUUAUUAAAAGAAAUUUUCACGCAAAUUUUUGGUGUACCAAAUCAUCAUCCCAAGAGUCAACCGUUUUUCGAUCAUGUUUACACAUUUUCGGUUUUAGACAAUCGAAUAUGGUUUAGAAAUUUUCAAAUUUUAUCCGAAGAUGGUGCUCUGGCUGAAAUUGGACCGCGUUUCGUGUUGAAUCCAGUUAAAAUAUUUAACGGUAGUUUUGGAGGAGAAACUUUAUGGGAAAAUUCACAUUAUAUAACACCAGCCAAAUAUCGCCAAAUGAUAUUAAAAAAAGCGAAUAAUAAGUAUAUGAAUCGUAUUACUCAAAAAGUACAAGCGGAGGCAACAAAACCAAAAGUUAGUUACAACUUAACGCCACUAAACGAUAUAUUUGCUGGGGAUCCUCUAAAAACAGCUAAGAAAAUUAAAAUUCAAGAAAAAUUAGAAAGUGAAGCGACAGUUAAUACGAAUUCACCAUCAGUUAGAAAAGUGAAAAAGAAAAUUAAUACAAAAUUGGUUGAAAAACAAAAUAAAAUAACACAUUUUAUGGAUUAA